AUGGCGUUUUCUGUUAUCGCGCCAGUCUGGCGAUUGAGGAUGUUGUUAUCGUUGCUUGUGAUUGCGUUCGUGACGGGGCUGGUAGCUGGUACUUCACACCCACAAGAUGCACAAGGAGAUGCGCAAACAAAGUACAAAUUUGACGUACAUGACGGAUCCCAGUCGCCUCUGCGAGCAUCGCCUGAAGACUCCCCAUCAAUACCACAGGGAAAUACACCAGCCAGCCAUUCCCUCACAGAACUCAACAUCCUCCAAGACCUGUACUCUGCCCUCUCAACAAUGCAAGACCACUACUUUGCCAUCUGGCUCGGCAAGUACACCACAGCGAUCGACUGGACCGGAGCUGUAACCUCAACCUAUGUCUCGGCCACGCUCUCCACGCUCUCUUCCACUCUGCCCAGCACUUUCUCCCGGACCCGCAAACACGACAAGGAAGACAUUGUGCUCGAAAACGAGAUAAACAAGUACUUCUCCCAAAUCAUAGCCUACUACUUCGGCGAAGACCACUUCGCAAUCCGCAUGCAAGCCUACGACGACAUGCUCUGGGUCGUGUUAGGCUGGCUCGAAGCAAGCACAUUCAUCGAAACGCAUUCUUCAUCCCAUCACUCUGCCUCAACCUACGACUCAGAAAAACCCUGGCACGCCCACCAAUUCAUCCCAGCCUUCGCCCACCGCGCACGCAUCUUCUACGAACUCGCCGAAAAAGGCUGGGACUGGCGCCUCUGCGGCGGAGGCAUGACAUGGAACCCCUCCCUGCUUCCCUACAAAAACGCAAUCACAAACCAACUCUUCAUCUCCGCCAGCAUAAACAUGUACCUGCACUUCCCCGGCGACGAAAACUGUUCACCGUUUUUCUCCCAAUCUACUGCCUCCAACAACCACAGCAGCAGUACCGUUUCCUCGCAAGACAACGACAACGAUGAAGACGGCUGCUUCGACACCCCCCACACCCGCCCCCGCUACUCCCCCAUCUACCUCGCCAACGCCCUAAACGGCUAUACCUGGCUCCAGCAAAGCGGCAUGCAAAACACCCAAGGCCUCUACACCGACGGCUUCCACAUCGCGGGAUACCGCACCAACCACAGCAAAACCGCCUGCGACGACCGCAACGAAAUGGUGUAUACCUAUAACCAAGGCGUCGUGCUCUCGGGGCUACGCGGGCUAUGGGAAGCAACGGGGGAAACACGGUAUUUGGAAGAUGGACACGAACUUGUCAGGAAUGUUGUUAGGGCUACAGGGUGGGAUGUUGACUCCCCUUCCUCUUCUUCUUCUUCUUCUUCUUCCUCAUCCUCCCAAGCUAAAGCAAAGGGGAAAGAAGAGGAAAAGAAAUGGCACGGGCUAGGUGCAAAUGGUAUCCUAACCGAACUCUGCGACCCCACGGGCCACUGCAACCAAGACGGGCAAACCUUCAAGGGCAUAUUUUUUCACCAUCUAACUUCGUUUUGCGAUCCUUUGCCCCGGAAGCCAGUUCGUCGAGGUAAGACGUACGGGGCGAGUAAGGCGGUGACGGCGUUGCAUCGGAAUAGUUGUAAAGGGUAUACGGGGUGGGUGGUGCAUAAUGCACAGGCUGCGCUGGCUACGAGAGAUAAGGAGGGUAGGUUUGGGGGUUGGUGGGGAGCGAAAAAGGGUGAGGGGUGGGAGAUAGAGGUAGAGGUUGGGGUUAAUGCGACGGAUUACCGGAAUGGGGAGGUGAGAGAAGGGGAUGAUAGCGAUGUGUAUGGAGAGAGAGAGAAGGUGGAGUUUACGGAGAGGCGGGUGAGUGGGGAUUUGAAUGAUCGGGGGAGGGGUCGCACGAUUGAGACGCAGGGGAGUGGGUUGGCGGUUGUUCGUGCUAUGUGGAUUUUUCUCUGGCGAGAUGAGGUGGGGGUGGUUGAGUAG